CAGCAGGGUUUCAAUGGGGUUUCUUUGACUCUAGGGUUACAACAACACGGUGGAAGCGGGUGAGCCUGGCAUUCCCUCCUCCUUCGGUGAGCAGUCAUCAUAGCUCGCUCUUCUAUGCAACAACCAUUGAUGCUGCUAUGCCUACUAUUGUUGGAAUGGCACCGAAAAACCAGGAUGCCAUUGAUGCUGCUAUUGUUGGAAUGCUUGCAGAUCCCAAAGAGGCAAGGGCUAGAAUCAGAUAUGUUCACUUUUUACCUUUCAAUCCUGUUGACAAGAGAACUUCUCUGACUUACAUUGAUGCUGAUGGAAACUGGUACUGUGCCAGCAAAGGCGCUCCGGAGCAGAUCAUGAACUUGUGUAAUCUAAGGGAUGAUGCUAAGAAGAAGGUUCAUGCCAUUAUUGAUAAGUUCGCCGAAAGAGGCCUUCGUUCCCUAGCCAUUUCAAGACAGGAAGUUCCUUCUUGGCAAGACAAAGAUGCAAGUAUCGCCACACUUCUCGUCGAAGAGUUAAUUGAGAAAGCCGAUGGAUUUGCCGGAGUCUUUUCAGGUUUAUACUCAUUACUAUUUUCUCAAAGAGGAAAUCAUGUUCCACACUACAAUUGGGUUUUUGAGACAAUGGAUGAAAGCAAUGCCAUAUAUAUUCAGAAUAACAGAAACUUCAUCUGA